AUGCACGGCACACCAGCAGAUACUAUGGAGGUUGUAGCCAAUGGGUCUGGCGCGACAACAACUACCUUGUAUCCAAAGAUAUCGGGCAAGCUUAUCGAUCUCAACACCAGCCUUCUCGGAUAUGUCGACCACACCAUCUUCGCCAGGCCAGUUCCAUUCACCGGCACCAUUAAGCUCCACGGCACGCACGCUGACAUGAUCGUGCGGGCUGACAACACAAUCGGAUAUGAGAGCCGCGACCGCACAGAUCUGGACCAUGGAGAGCGACAACUGCGGCUUCACAUCGUUCUCGCGAUCAAUUCCGAAGGCUCGCUGCUUAUGGCAGGUAAGUGGAUAGGUCAGGGUAUACAGAAAGGCGUCGCCAUCGCCAAGCUUCCGCGCUGUUUCGUACCAUGCGGCAUCCGCCUUGCCGAAGCCUGGGAGCCGAUCGAACUCUAUGCCGGUAUCGAAGACUCAGAAGCAGGAAUGCUAAACAUCAAUCGCGGCGGGUUCUAUCACCUCGAGUACAGCAUUGCGUACGAGGGUGUUUCAUUCCUGGCGAAGGCCCGCGAGCUCAGACUUGCCGUUGCCGCAUCGUGUGCCUUCGGCAGAGCCAUGGGCAUAGAAGGCGAGGGUGAGGGUAUUGUGUGGACGCCUGCUGCAAACUCGAACCUACCGAAUGUGUCAAAAUUGUGGUUCAAGACGCAAGCCGAGCACUUCAAUCACAACAUCAAGCUGAAGGUCGCCGCGGAGAAAGCGAUGGAGAGGGCAUGGCAGUAUCUGGCGGAGAUGGGGACGUCGCAGACGAUGCAGUCCAUAGGCAUCUUCUUCAGAUGGUUGACGGAUGAUCUUGCGCUGGAGGAGAGGAGGGAGAUUGAGCUCAUGAAGCUAGACGGCGCAUGA